AUGGGCUUAUCGAACUACUUAUCGGCUCCAACACAAGCAAUCCCUUAUACCAUAGUGUAUGAAGUGGAAGCUGUACUUCCACUGGAGCGUCAGAUCUCAUCACUUCGAAUUGCUAUCCAAGAAAUUUUGAUGACAGGGAAAAAUGCUCGUCUUCGAAUAGAGGAGCCAGAAGCUUUGGAUGAGACAAAUGCACCUGGAAUGUUAUCAAACUCGGAUAGCAAAGUCCUUCAACAAGAAGCUUCUAAAUUCUCGUGGCAUUCACUAAUAACGGGCAUAUGCAAUUCCGACAAAGACUCCAAGAGCUCAGAAAAAGGAUCUGUAGUUAGCUUUUGGAUGUUGAGUUUACCUUCACCUAGUAUGCCAGGCUGGGCAUGGUACUUCACAUCAUCGAAGGAGGGGUUGAAGGAGUCGGCCUUUGUUCCCAAACACAAUGUGCAUUGGAGGUCGAAGGAGUCGGUCCUUGAUCCCAAACACAAAGUACCUUGGACGGUUAAAGAAGUCGAUCUUUGGUCCCAAAGACAAAGUGCCUGGACGGUCGAAGGACUCAAUCCUUGGUCCCAAACACAAAGUGCCCUGGACGGUCGAAUAGUCAGUCAUUGGUCCCAAACACAAAGUGUUGUGGACAGUCGAAUGAGUCGAUCAUUGGUCCCAAAGACAAUGUGCCUGGAUGGUCGAAGGAGUCGGUAUUUGGUUCCAAACACAAAGUGCCUUAGAGGUCGAAAGAGUCGGUCAUUGGUCUCAAACACAAAGUACCUUGGACAAUUGAAGAAGUCGGUCUUUGGUCCUAAACACAAAGUGCCUUGGACGAUCGAAGGAGUCGAUCCUUGGUCCCAAAAACAAUGCCUCAGAUAG